AGCGCUACCGUAGUGUACACAAUGCGCUAAAAUUCAAAUGGAUUGAGGGGUCGUGAGUUCCAUCUUCGGGCGGGAUGUAUGUUCUCCGUGACUAUUUGAUAAACAAUAUUGUGUCUCAAAUAGUAGUCCUCCACCUCCUAUUCAUCUGUUCAUGAGGAAGGAUAAAAACAUGAAGAGAAAACGCCAAAUGGCGGAGCAAACCAAGAAUUCAUACGCAGUCCUGCCUCGUAAUUGUGUGCCACCGACGGCAAGCUUAUCUUCCACUAUCAGUACAGACGCGGGUCCACGGGCUAACGGCAAGCUUGUUCCAAAACAUAAAGUUAAAAGAAUAAAAGCUGAUGAAAGCAACGUUGGUGUAAACAAGAAACCAAGAACGUCGCCCUCAACAAAAACUGGUACAAAGUCUAGUAAUGUGAAAACUGAAGAGAUACGUGAAGGAAAAUCACAGAAAAAACACAUGAAGAGAAAACGCAAAACCGGGAAGCCAGCAAAGGCUUGGUACGUAGUCCUGCCCUCGAUGAAUGCAGAAGUCGACCCACGGACCAGUGACAAACUUGUUCCAAAAAUUAAAGUCAAAAGAAUUAAACUUGAUGAAAGCAAAGAUGGAGUGAACAAGGAGCCAAAAGCCUUGCCCCCUACAUCAACAGGUACCAAGUCAUGUGAUGCAAACUCUGAAAAUAAAACUGAAGAAAAGUAUCAGAGAUCUGAUAUAUGUCAAACUUGUUGCAACAGAGAGAGCCAGCCUUUAUAUGAAUCGUCUACAGAGACACGACGAGAAGCCAUUGAGCGUUGUAUUUGUAAAUUGGUACACAGUGCUUCAUGUAACGACCUUAAUUGUUUAUUUUCCGACUGCCACAAGAUGAAACUAGUUAUUGCACAUACUAGAUCAUGUCGCAAGAAGCACACACAGUCUUGUCCUAUAUGUAAGCAACUUAUUGCGCUGUGCUGUUAUCAUGCGAAACAUUGUGCUGAACUAAUUUGCUCAGUGCCAUUUUGUCUGCAAAUUAAACACAAAUUGCAAGUUAGGCGUGAGCAAGAGGCGCGGCUGGUACGUCAAAGAAAAUUACAGCUUAGAAGAAAAUGUGGAUCUAUUUUCUAAACGGACUGUUGACUGUAAUGUUUAUGAAUUGAUACUAGAGAAAAGAAGCAUUAAGUAAAUUAUAAAUAGAAUGUUAAGUCUGUUUACAUAUAUACUUAUAUAAUAUCUAUUUUAAAAAUCUUGUUACAUCUAUUGAUAUAUUUUCUAUAUUGAUAACUUGUUGAAUUCGAAUAUUGCUUUUUAUAUGGGAAAAAAUCUUUAAAAAAAAAUUCUAUAUGUUGAAAUGGGAUGUUUCCACACAUAAAUUGCGGAACGAAACUAAUUUAGCUUAUUGUGUUUUACAAAAAAACAAAGCUGCUUUGGUUUUGGGAACUAUUCUGUUUGCAGUUGUAAACAAGUAAAGUAUUUUUUGUACAAUUUGGCUCGUUUAAAAAAUUUGGGCAUGCGAUAACUUUAUAAUGACCCUUGUGACCUAUAUUUUCAUGGGUUGUUUUGAAUCAAAAUUGGUCAAUGAUUGACAUAGGCAUAUUUAACAGAAAAUUAAACUGUAGAAAUCGUCUUUAGAUAAUUUGAGGUUCGAAUAAUUUAAUGUUCGAGAUGACUUGAGAUACGAAUGGUUUGAGGUUCGAGCCUUUUAUUAGAGCUAACAUUGGUGUUUGUUUGAAAAAGUGAUCAAAUCAAAUAACUUUUUAGAGGGUUGACUGACUAUAUCAAAUUAUCUAAAAUUAGUGUAUUUCUCUACUAUGGUCAUAACGAAACAUACGUCUUUCACUGCAAACAUUAACAGACAGAGAGAGAGAGAGAGAGAGAGAGAAAAGGGGGGGGGGAGAGAUGUUAAUUGAUAACGAAACAAUUACUUUGAAAUUCAUAUCUUUCAUUCUUCCUUCGUAUAAUGUGCAUUGAUAUCUUGAAGAUUAGCACAAAUCUGUAUCGUAACUUUUUUUACAUAUACUAUGAUCUCAGCACUAGUUCGUCUAUUUCUAAAGGUAAUUCUGCACGUACGGAUCGAAAACAAUUUUACAAUGUACAACUAUCAACAUAAGAAAAAUACAAAGUUGUUAUUAUAAAUGUACGGACCUGAUUGAAAUUUAUACGCAGGAUGCAUUUCUUUUCCGUCAGAUGUCACGAAAAAGUUAUAUUCUUUCCCUAGAAGUGUGUAACAUUUGCGGCAGAUUUGUUUAUUCCCGCAGAUGUCACUAUAGUUGCUGCAUUAAUGUUGACAAUGUUUACUCGCCAAUUAAUUUCAAUACAGGUUAUAACAGGCUAUUUCCCAGUAGGUUAAGCAAAGGUAAGCAAUUUUCCCGUCCCCGUAGAGAGUACCGCUAGCUGUUAUUUUUUACCAUACUGUUCAUGUCAAAACUGUAAAAUGGUGUUCUCGUUUGGAUAUUAAUAUUUGAAAAUUCAAACCGCGUUAAACACUUUUAAGCAAUUUCAUGAUUUGUUUGCUGAGAAAUGAUAUGCCUAAUUCUAACAAAUAAAGGACUAAACAAAACUUA